AGUCGGGCGACACAGACCGAGCCACAUCCGGGACCGCGAGGCGACGCAGUCUGCGCCACUCGCCCAGAUCGCCAUGGUCGAGGAGGAGCAGCGCUCUGCGGGAGACGGGAGAAGUCCCAAGGGUGGACAGCCGGACAGCGACGCCGUGCAGGCAACCAUCGGCGACGUGGGUCGCUGGCAGGUGGUGGUGUUCCUGUGGAUCGCGCUGCUCAAGUUCCCCGUGGCCUGGAACAUGAUGGCGAUCGUGUUCCUGGCGCCGCCCGUCGAAGCGCGCUGCCAGCAGGACCUCAACUCGUCCGACCACUGCAUGGCGCGCGGUCCCAACGGCACGGAGGAGCGCUGCACCAGCUGGCGGUACGACCGCUCCGUCUUCACCGAGACCAUCGUCACCGAGUGGGACCUGGUGUGCAGUCGGUACCAGCUCUCCAACGUUGCCCAGAUGGUGUUCAUGUUUGGGAUCCUGACGGGGAACUGCUUGUUCGGCAUUGCGGCGGACAGAUACGGCCGCAAGGCUCCUCUGGUGGUCGCCAUGAUGCUGCAGUCUCUAGCGGGUGUGGCUGCGGCUAUGGUGCCUUGGUUCGAGGCCUUCAUAGCGCUGCGGUUCAUGGUGGCCUUCGCCACUGGCGGAUCCAUGAUAACCUCGUUUGUUUUAUGUGUUGAAAUAAUGGGUGGCAAAUGGAGGAUGAUCACUGCGGUGCUGAAUCAUUUGCCAUUCUGCUUGGGGCACAUGACCUUGGCUCUGAUAGCAUUCUACGUCAGAGACUGGAGGACCUUGCAGCUUGUCAUAUCGCUGCCUUCUCUACUGCUGGUCUCCUACUGGUGGACACUGCCAGAAUCCCCUCGGUGGCUCCUUACCCGCGGCAGGGAGUCGGAGGCUAUCGAGAUUCUAGAAAAGGUGGCGAAGACCAAUAAGAUGGAUGCAAGCCAGGUCCUGCCUGCAGUCAAGACAUUCAUCGCUGAUAAGGAAAAGCAACAAGAGUCUUUAGGGGAAAAUAAGGCUAGUGUGCUAGACCUUUUCCGAACACCCAACCUGCGACGUACGACGCUAUGCCUCUACUUCAACUGGAUGGUGUGCGGAUUCUGCUUCUAUGGACUAGCGCAGUAUAUGGGUCAAAUUGGGGGGAACAUCUUCAUCAACGUUUUCGUGAAUGGUACGUUAGAACUGUCGGGUCUGCUGUGCAUAUACUUCAUGGGGAAAUUCGGUCGGCGGAACACCAUGGUGGGGUCCCAAAUGUUGGCAGCAGUUGCUUGCAUUCUCAUCACGGCAGUGCCUAGAGGUCCAGGGGCGCCCGAGUGGCCCAGUGUGACCUUGGCGGCCGGGGGCAUCGUCGGCGCGACGAUCGCCUUCUUCGCCGUGUACCUGUUCAGCGGUGAGCUGCUGCCCACGGUGGUGCGCAACGCCGGCAUGGGCUCCACGUCCAUGUGCGCGCGCGUCGGCUCCAUGCUGGCGCCCUUCGUGUCCUCGCUGAACCACGUGAGCACCUACAUCCCUCCUCUGCUGUUCGGCUGCUUCCCGCUCGUGGCGGCCAUCUUGUGCCUGCUGCUGCCGGAGACGACGGGCAGGGACCUGCCGGACACUCUGGAGGAGGGAGAGAACUUCAGGAGGAAACAAGAUGGCGGCGCGGAGCGGGGACGCGCGAACGGCAACUGCGCGUCGGAGGACAGCGCGAUGUGAGGUCGGCGUCACGUGAACCGGGGAACAGCUGCAUCCGGCCGGCGAGCCUCGUGCCUUGGGGCUUCCGCGACCACGGUCGAGGACGGGUCGUUACCACAACGCCGAAAUACCACAACGCCGAAUGUCAAAAUUGACCACAACGCCGACAGCUAGAAAACUGCUGUGUAUCACAACGCCGAUAUAACAACUGAAUGAAUUUGUGUGUGUUUCUUAAAGGUACACUCUAAAAAAAAAUUUGUACUUUUACAAGGGAAUUUCUUGGAAACCCUGUUGCCAAGGAUAUUUCUUGCAAAACUACAAGGCAGAGCCUUGCAAAAUCGCACAUCGUACAAAGCUCUGCCUUGUAGUUUUACAAGAAAUAUCCUUGGCAGCAGGGUUUCCAAGGAUUUUUCUUGUAAAAUAUACAAAAAUUUCUUUCAGUGUACCUUAACGCCGAAAUACCACAAUCAAACCUAGCGUAAUAUAAUCUAACCUAACUUAACCUAGCCUAUCCUAGCCUAGCCUAACCUAACCUAGCCUAGUCUAACCUAACCUAGUCCAACCUAACCUUUGCGGCAGUCCUGCAAUGACAUUUUUCGGUGUUAGUGUAUUUCGCCGUUGUGUUACACAGCAGUUUUCUAGCUGUCGGCGUUGUGGUCAAUUUGGCAUUUCGGCGUUGUGGUAUUUCGGCGUUGUGGUGCGUCCCCGUCAAAGGACUACCUGCUGGCCUCUGUGGCUCCCAACGAGACACGCCGAAAAGGUCCGGACACAGAAGACACAGCAAGUGGCCACUCGCAUCAAAGCCAACUGUUUUUCGAUCACGUUUAAACAUUUUUACCGUUCAGGCCGGUAUCAAGUCGCACUAUGCGUUUCUGCCGCUGCGGCUAAAAAUUCUGCAGCGUUUUUGACGUGAAACCGUCUAUUUGCUCGUUACAGUAUUGUCGAACUCUCUUGUGUGAAAAAAAAUACCGUCAGAUUUGAAUCGCUAAUAACUACGACACUAACAAUGCGUUCGUCAACGAUGGUUGAGCCCAGAACGGUUACGUGAUGUCUGUGUGUGUUUGUCGCGCAGUGUUUUGUUUUGCCUGUGACGUCAUCGUACCAGCGAAGUCGCAUGCACGCGAUUGUUACGAAUUAGCUUCGUGUAAAGUUACCAAUUGUGCGUGUGGCGUGUAAACUCCUUUAGCUAAGGCUUUGAUACGGGUGUCGUCGUGAAAAACUUGCGGAGCAUUAUUAGAACCCGAAAGGUAGACAGUAAAAAUAUUCGCCGGAAUAUUAUUGAAAACCGGUAUUAAAUUGAAAAUCACAAAAUAAUUUAAAAUGUCGUCUCGUAUGACUCGUAAAUAUGCUCUGAAUUAUAGAAAACUCGAGUUGUAUUAAAAAGAUUAAUAAUUAAAUUACAUAUUAAUAAAAAAUAUUAUUUCGUCCCGACGUUUUCACGAAAUGUUCAUGACGCUAACCCAAACUGCUUCUUUAUCUGCAUUUCUUUUUGUUGAAUUUCCGUGUGGUGUCUGAUUGGGUAAGGUGAGAUUUUUAACAUAUUAGCAAUUUAUGGGUAUGACAUGAGUUUUAUGAGUUCGCCAUGUCAUAAAAUCGUGGUCAACUCGUCAAACAAGAAAGUAGAAGCGAUUAUACAGAAUGAGUCUACAUUCGACCAACAAAUCACUUCCAGAUCGCGGACGAGAAGAAAGAAAUGUUUCCAAAAAAGAUUGAAAACUAUGUGGUUUUAAAGAAACAAUAUUUUUAGGAAUAAAAUUCAUGUGCCUAUAAAUAUUUUUUUGUCAAAAACUUCUAACUUUUUUCUGACUAAAAUUUAACCGUCAAUAAUACUUCAAAAAAUAUAUACCGAUAAUUGGUUGAACACACAACAUCGGUAUACAACCACUUACUGACUGAUACACACUUAAUACAAAUAUUUUAUGUUCAAAAGCAAAAUUUUUAAAAAUGUUUGUAAUGUUUGUUUGAGCUUUAUUUGUAACAUGUUGGAAUGAUAAUGCUACAGUUACUAAAAACUAAAACGCUACAAAACUAAAAAAAAAAUUGCAAAACUCCGUUCCCCCGGAGAAACCCCCGGAAUGGCCACCGCAUGGGGAGCCCAAGAAAAGAAACGGGCUCCCCAUUUGGAAGCCACCUGGAAGGUUUUUUUCUGUUCCACCCACCGUUUCUUUGGUAGCCUGACUUGUUACAAGGGAAUGUAUUCCUACCAGAGAAAAUGCCACCAUUUUGUCUGGGCAAUCCGCCUUGGAGGAGCCGGGGCGCGAACCCGGGUCCUACAAGUCACAAGGCAGGCGCUCUACCCCAGAACCAGAGUGGUAGAGCGGAUACUUGCAGUCUUCUUAACACUGACAUGUUGUUAUUCCACGAGUUUACUGUAGUUUCGUGUGUCAUCAACACGUGCAGUAACAUCUAACCUCGGUAACGAACAAAUUUAUGUGUUUUUAUGUUGUUCGUUCAGCAUGAAUGAUGUAAUUUCAUAAGAGUGAAACAUAAUUUAAAUAACUAGUCUAGCAAUUGUUUAGUUGAUUUCCUGCAAACAAACUUACAGUUCUGCUGUACAAUAAUUUUGUAGAAAUAUAGACUAGUAAAAACAUAUGUAAGAGCUUGCACUGUCGAAAUUUUGAAAUAAAUGUUAGAUAUUAAAAGAGUGUGUUCAG